AUGUACUUCUGUGGACAAAGUGAUGGGGUCAUGUUUACGUUUUUUAAUGUGAUAUUCUUGGCUGUGACAGAUCAACCUCAAUUAAACAUCUCAGUGUUCCAAACUCCAGUACGGGGGUCAGUUUCUCCAGGAGAGUCGGUCACUCUGCAGUGCACGGUCCUCUCUGAGAUCAGAGCAGCAGAUCUCCGAGUGCUCUGGUUCAGAGCUGCUGCAGGACAAUCCUUUCCUCAAAUCAUUUACACUCAUCAGAACAGCAGCAGCCGUCAGUGUGAGAUCAGCUCUUCUACAAGCUCCUCUCUCUAUGAGUUCUCUAAGAACAUCCUCAACCAGCACCACACUGGAACUUACUACUGUGCUGUGGCUGCUUGUGGGAAGAUCAUCUUUGGCAAUGGGACAACAGUAGAACUGACCUGUCCUGUGGAUCCCACUGUGUUCUAUCUGGGAGCAGCUUUGGGAAUCUGUGUGAUUGUGAUCUGUGUUCAAGCCACUCGAAACUGCAGCGGGAGAGAUCAUGAUUUGUUGGUGGAGAACAAAGCCAGUCAGAACUCUGCAGCUGCUGUGGAGCUGAGUUAUGCAGCCAAAAGCCUGAGAAUGAAGAGUGGACGCUCUGGACACAGUGUUUACUCUGAAGUCAGAUACUUCUCAGUUACUGACCCCAACAGUCACUGACUCACUGGACUCUCUUCUCUUGUAGCAGCAGAAGUGAAGUUUAGGGAUGUUUUCUGUUACUGUCAGCUUUGUAAUCUGUAUCUGUUUAUUUGUGUUUGUGCUGAUUUCAGUCAGGAUCUACAAUCAUGUGCUUCACUUUGCUCUGAGAUCAAAACUGCAUGACUGAAAAAAAGCAGUCUGGUCUGGUAUGAAGUGUCAGUUCUCUGAAGGAGCUGAGCAAGAGCAGUUUUAGAGUGUGUGGUCACUCAGACUCAUGACAAACACACUCAUGAGCUCAGAUGGUGUCUGAUACUGUUUGAUCUCAAUAGAAAUGUAGAAGACGUGUUUCAGGAUGUAGGGAGAUCAGAUCUAUAUACACAGUUACUGUUUAUUUGCUUUGUUUAACAUACUGGGGAAAAAGUACAAUAAAAUGUGGCCAAAUAACAAAAGGUAUGGCAAAAUUAUAAACAAAGUUAUGGCAAUUAACUUCAGCAAAUACAUGUACACAAAAAUUGGUAGAAAAAAACAUUUAAAUGUGUUCUUUGUAGAGUUUCUAUACGUGUGAUGUGUUUUAAGGUGGAAGGAUUUUUUAUUACAUGCUAUGACUCUCAAGAUGCAAAUAAAUGCUGAGUUUUAAAGUGUU